GUAAUCCCGGAGCCCAGAAUGGGGCUGAAGAGGGCGGGCUGUCAGAAGCGUCAAGCGAUGUGGUUUCUCCCAUGAAAGGAUGAACCACUCUUCCUGCAGCGAACUAUUAGUAUUCUGACAUCUUUCUGUCUUGCUAGAGGGUUUCGCCCAGGAACCGGCUCCCAUCUGACCGCUCCACAUUCUCCCUGAGUGGUUUCUCCAAAAAGUGGAUUGUACCGUCCUGACUUCUCCCCUCAUCCCCGGGUGAUUUCUCCCAGGCCGCAGCUCUGGCUUGUGUGGACUCUGCUUCUCCAGUGAAUGACCCAUGAGGAAAACUGACCAGUUCUUGCAACUCUAAAAUCAUGCCUCAUGAUUUGGUGAUAUUCAGAGAUGUGGCUGUAGACUUUUCUCAGGAAGAGUGGGAAUGCCUGAACUCAUAUCAGAGGAAUCUGUACAGAGAUGUGAUAUUAGAGAACUAUAGCAACUUGGUGUCAGUGGGAUGUUCCAUUUCUAAGCCAGACGUGAUUACCCUGUUAGAGCAAGGGAAAGAACCUUGGAUGGUUGUGAGGGAUGAGAAAAAAAGAUGGAGCCUGGAUUUGGAAUCCAAAAAGUUAUCUCAAAAGGAUAUUUAUGAAAUGAAUUUAUCUCAGUGGGAGAUAAUGGAAAACAUUAGAAGUUGUAACCUGGAAGACUUCUUUUUCAGAAAAAAAUGUGAAUAUAAAAAGUUUGAGAGACAAAAAGGUCCUCAAAAGGGAUAUUUCAGGCAAGUGAAAAAACCCACCUCUGAAAAAAGGCCCACUUACAGAAAACUCAAAUCUCUUACUUUAUAUCAGAGAAUUCAUAAUAGAGAGAAACCUUAUGAAUGUGGGGAAUGUGGAAAGGCUUUUAGAGUACGCCAACAGCUUACUUUCCACCAGAGAAUUCAUACUGGUGAGAAACCCUAUGAAUGUAAAGAGUGUGGUAAAGCCUUUAGGCAGUGUGCCCACCUUAGUCGACAUCAGAGAAUUCAUACUCCUGACAAACUCCUCGAAUGUAAAAAAUGUGGAAAGAUCUUUACAUGCAGUGCAGAUCUUCGAGUACAUCAGAGAAUUCAUGUUGGCGAGAAGCCCUAUGAAUGUAAGGAAUGUGGGAAGUCCUUUAGAGUUCGAGGACAACUUAACCUUCAUCAGAGAAUUCAUACUGGUGAGAAACCCUAUGAAUGCAAGGAAUGUGGGAAGACCUUUAGACAGUAUGCACACCUUACUCGACAUCAAAGACUUAAUAUUGCCGAGAAGUGCUAUGAAUGUAAGGAAUGUGGGCAGGGUUUUUUGUGUAGUACAGGCCUCAGAAUACAUCACAAGCUUCAUACUGGUGAAAAGCCCUAUGAAUGUAAGGAUUGUGGGAAGGCCUUCAGAGUGAGGCAACAACUUACUCUCCAUCAGAGAAUUCAUACUGGGGAGAAACCCUAUGAUUGCAAGGACUGUGGGAAGACCUUUAGUCGUGGCUACCAUCUAACUCUUCAUCAGAGAAUUCACACUGGCGAGAAACCUUAUGAAUGUAAAGAGUGUCAGAAGUUCUUUCGUCGUUAUUCAGAACUUAUUUCACACCAGGGUGUUCAUAUUGGAGAGAAACCCUAUGAUUGUAAGGACUGUGGGAAGGCCUUUAGACUGUUCUCACAACUUACUCAACAUCAGAGUAUUCAUUUUGGUGAGAAGCCGUAUAAAUGUAAGGACUGUGAGAAGAGUUUUAGACUGCUCUCGCAGCUUACUCAGCAUCAGAGUAUUCAUACUGGUGAGAAACCCUAUGACUGUAAGGAAUGUGGGAAGGCCUUUAGACUUCACUCAUCACUUAUUCAGCAUCAGAGAAUUCAUUCCGGUGAGAAACCAUACAAUUGUAAGGAAUGUAAAAAAGCAUUUAGACAACACUCACACCUUACUUACCAUCAGCGGAUUCAUAACGUAGCUAAAUAAUUAUAAAGCCUUCCAUUGUGAAUUUUGUGUUAAGGAGCACUAGAAAAUAAAUUCUAGAAGAAAAAUUUUUUAAUGUAGGGAUCCCUUUUACUUCAUGCUCACGACUAACAAGUUUUAUUUUAAAGGAAGAAUAUGUUAAUGACUGUAUAGAAGCCAUUCAUCACCAUUUAAUCAUGUUAAACUUUAGAAAAUUUAUUCUAAAAUGAAAUUCUCUUGAAGGAGUGAAUGUGGAAAAGAAUUUGAAAAGUAAUUUCUUUUGUAGAGAAUUUUGCAACACAUGAAGUUAAUGGAACUAGGCAGGAUUCUUAGUAGAGGUUAAGAACAUUAAGUGAAAGGUUGAUAGGAGCUUGACUGUGAAUAGAUCAGCUUGACAACAUGUGAACCCACUGAUCAAUUUUAACCUUCUUAAAAACAGGACAACAUAUUGUGCCUGUUAAUGAGGUAAAAUAAGACAUCUUGCCAAAACAUUGAACCUGGAUCUAAGUAAUAUCAAGAUCUGACUCCCAGUUCAGAGAAAAUUCAGGAAUAGCACAACAAAUUUUAAAAGCAAGUAAAUAUAAAAUGUGGGUAGUUCUGUAAGAAGGAUUACCUGGCUUCUCAACCAAUAAAAUGGCACUGAAAAAA